GGUCUUGGUCGUCUUCUCUUUCUGACAGGUUCACACAAUUUCUACUUCACUCUCUCUGUCUGCUCAUGAAACAACAAUUGCCAGAGAGCUGAGCUCCACACGUUGUCGGAAAAGUUUUAGUAGAAACACAUGGAGACGACGACGACGACGACAAGGAGUACGAGGUAUUCGAGGGCGAAACAGAAGGAGGAAUUGGCUUCCCUUCUGCGGAAAUCAUGGUAUCAUCUAAGGUUGUCGGUUCGACACCCAUCUAGGGUUCCCACAUGGGAUGCCAUCGUCCUCACUGCUGCUAGCCCCGAACAAGCCCAAUUGUACAAUUGGCAACUCAACCGGGCCAAGCGUAUGGGUCGGAUCUCAAACUCCACUAUCACCCUCGCCGUGCCUGACCCUCAUGGCCACCGGAUCGGCUCCGGAGCUGCCACUCUCAAUGCCAUCCAUGCCCUCGCUCUCCAUUUCCAACACAUUGGCUCUCAGGAGUCAACUACCACAAAUGGCAGUGAUGUUUCUCUUCUGACAAUAGUUAACUUGAUUGCCAAAAAGCAUGUACUAUUGCUGCAUGCUGGAGGUGAUUCAAAAAGGGUUCCAUGGGCAAACCCUAUGGGGAAAGUAUUCCUGCCCCUUCCUUACUUGGCAGCAGAUGAGCCAGAUGGGCCAGUUCCCCUGCUUUUUGAUCAUAUACUUGCUAUUGCUUCUUGUGCAAGACAAGCUUUUGGAAAUGAAGGUGGAAUGUUGACCAUGACUGGUGAUGUUCUUCCAUGUUUUGAUGCAUCUGUAAUGACUCUUCCUGAGGACACUUCGUGCAUCAUCACUGUUCCAAUCACCCUUGAUGUUGCUUCAAACCACGGAGUAAUUGUUGCAGCUAAAACUGAGCAUUCAACUCAAAAUUAUGCAGUCAGUUUAGUAGAUAAUCUACUACAGAAACCUACCCUAGAAGAGCUAGUUAAAAACAAUGCAGUUCUAGUUGAUGGUAGAGCACUUCUUGACACUGGAAUAAUAGCAGUUAGAGGCAAGGCAUGGUUGGAGCUUGUUACGCUUGCGUGUUCCUGUCAGCUAAUGAUUUCAGAGCUCCUGAAGAGCAGAAAGGAGAUGAGUUUAUAUGAAGAUCUGGUUGCUGCCUGGGUACCUGCAAAGCAUGAGUGGUUGAGAAAGCGCCCUUUGGGUGAAGAAUUAGUCAAUAAAUUGGGAAAGCAGAAGAUGUUUAGCUACUGUGCCUAUGAUCUGUUGUUCUUGCACUUUGGGACCUCAAAUGAAGUUUUAGAUCACCUCAGUGGUGUUGGUUCAGAACUGGUUGGUAGAAGACACCUGUGUUCUAUUCCAGCAACCACUGAAUCUGACAUUACAGCAUCUGCUAUUAUUCUUUCUAGUAAAAUUGCACCUGGCGUCUCAAUUGGAGAAGAUUCUCUCAUAUAUGAUUCAUCUAUUUCUGGUGGAAUACAUAUUGGCUCCCUAUGUAUAGUGGUUGGAGUCAACAUCUCUCCGGAUGAUUAUAUAAGCGAUGAAGAUUCAAUCAAGUUCAUGCUUCCAGAUCGACAUUGCCUUUGGGAGGUUCCCUUGGUAGGAAGUAGUGAGCGCGUCCUAGUAUAUUGUGGACUUCAUGAUAACCCCAAAAGUUCCCUUUCUAGAGAUGGUACAUUUUGUGGGAAACCCUGGAAGAAAGUUUUACGUGAUAUAGGUAUUCUAGAAAGUGACUUAUGGGGAUCAUCAGGCACUGAUGAAAAGUGUUUAUGGAAUUCGAAAAUAUUCCCCAUACUUCCUUAUGGUCAAAUGCUUAAGGUUGCAAUGUGGUUGAUGGGCUUAGCUAAACAAAAAUCUGAAUAUAUGCUUUCUUUGUGGAAAUCUUCUCGACACAUCAGUCUGGAGGAAUUGCAUAGAUCAAUUGAUUUCUCACUAAUGUGCAUAGGUUCUAGUAACCAUCAAGCUGAUCUUGCAACAGGAAUUGCGAAAGCUUGCAUUACCUAUGGAAUGCUAGGGCGCAAUUUGUCUCAAUUAUGUGAAGAAAUUCUGCAAAAGGAGGGUUCUGGAGUUGAAAUAGCUAAGGAUUUCCUUGCUAUGUGUCCAAAAGUUCGGGAGCAAAACUCUAAUGUACUUCCCAAAAGCCGGGCAUACCAGGUGCAAGUUGAUCUUCUUCGAGCUUGCAAUGAUGAAAGGACAGCAUGUGAGUUGGAGCACAAAGUUUGGGCUGCUGUGGCUGAUGAAACUGCUUCAGCAGUAAGGUUUGGAUUUAAAGAACAUUUAUCAGAGUCUCCUGGUAGCCUCUCCUGUCAGGAGUACCAGAAUAAUCACAAUGAUGGCUGCAUUCAUCGGUCUUUCCAUCCUAGAAGUGCAAAAGUAGAAUUACCAGUUCGUGUAGAUUUUGUUGGGGGUUGGAGCGAUACCCCUCCAUGGAGCAUUGAGCGUGCUGGAUGUGUUCUGAAUAUGGCAAUAAGCUUGGAAGGUUCUCCUCCGAUUGGCACCAUCAUAGAGACAACUAAAACAACAGGAGUAUUAAUUACUGAUGACACAGACAACCAGUUAUAUAUUGAAGAUUAUACAUCUAUUUGUGCACCAUUUGACGGAGAUGAUCCAUUUCGUUUGGUCAAAUCUGCAUUACUUGUGACUGGUAUUAUUCAUGAUAACUUACUUGUAGAUAUGGGCAUGCACAUCAAGACAUGGGCCAAUGUCCCCCGUGGUAGUGGAUUGGGUACUUCUAGUAUCUUAGCUGCUGCAGUAGUGAAAGGGCUUCUUCAGGUAAUUGAUGGGGAUGACAGCACUGAGAAUGUUGCUAGACUUGUUUUGGUGCUAGAACAACUCAUGGGUACAGGAGGUGGCUGGCAGGACCAAAUUGGGGGUUUGUACCCAGGGAUUAAAUGUACUUCAAGCUUUCCUGGAAUUCCAUUGCGGCUUCAAGUUGUCCCCCUGUUAGCUUCGCCUCAGUUGAUUUCCGAGUUGCAGCAACGGCUUCUUGUGGUAUUUACUGGUCAAGUUCGACUUGCAAAUAAGGUGCUGCAAAAGGUGGUCAUUAGAUAUCUCCGCCGGGAUAACCUUCUCGUAUCCAGUAUCAAGCGCCUUGUUGAACUGGCAAAGGUUGGGAGAGAAGCUUUGAUGAACUGUAACGUAGAUGAACUUGGCGAGAUAAUGUUGGAGGCUUGGAGAUUGCAUCAGGAGCUUGACCCUUAUUGCAGUAAUGAGUCUGUUGACAAGUUAUUUUCUUUUGCUAGUCCAUACUGCUGUGGCUACAAGCUGGUUGGAGCUGGUGGUGGGGGCUUUGCUCUGUUACUUGCCAAAGACACACAGCGUGCCAAGGAACUGAGAAAGAAGCUAGAAGAUGAGAAACAUUUUGAAGUGAAAAUCUAUGAUUGGCAGAUAUUUCUAUAAUAUGGUAUGAAUACCAAUUUCUUGUCAUUAUGAGUUGUAUUAUUGUUCAUUAAAUUUAUUUUACUAUUCUUUAUUUGUAUAUUUAGUGUUCAUAGGAAUUCUUGGAAUAUCAUUCAGGCGAGUUUCAGUCUGAAAAACACACAGAAAUAGCUGCUUGAAUUUUUGGUCAUGACAAGGCCAAUCAUAUGUUUGGUCUGAUGACCUUUCGAAGUCAUAUUCUG